AUGGCAGAGUGGGCAAAGCAAACAUACAACUCGCAGUACGAGAAGUGGGUUCCGUGGGUCGAGGACAUCUACCUGAGAUGGUUCACCAAGGACAACAAGGCCAGCUACGCGACUAAGGAUACACUCGAUAAGAGCAAGGUCACCGGUGUCGAGCAGGUCGACACUCUCCAAGAUGGCGUGCACAACCUCGCCGCCGGCCAGGUCGGUCAAGGCGGUCUCCUCCAGCCCGUUGGCGAUAUGGUUUCCAAGGAGGGUGUCAACCGCGCCGAGCGCCAAGGCAAGGACGACGAGGGCGGCUACGUGCCCACUGCCGUCCCUGGCUCUGGUGCGCUGAACCAGGCGGGCAGCGGUGUCGCUGAGGGCAGCAAGACCGUUGCCGGCAAGACCACCGACGGCGUCAAGGGCGCUGGCGGCUUCGUCGGUGGCCUGUUUGGCGGCGGCGCUGGAAAGGCCAAUCCUGAGCAGAAGUAA